AACUACUUCAGGAGGAAUCUAUGGACUGAGUCACAGAGUCGGCCCUGAGCAGAAAAUAAUUUAGAGGAAAGUGUGAGGGAGAAAAUUAUAAAUACGGAUGUUUGUGGGGUGAGGAGACAGAUGAGUGUCAUAAAUGAUAAAAUCUGGUAUUCCGAUGCGUUAAUAAUUGUUGGGUAUCGGAAAUUUUCUCUCGUUUUCCCUCAGAACAAUCAGACUUUCGCAGAGUCCAAAAGGUGCUUGGUUUCUUGAGUGGUGAUCAAAGCAGAGGACGCUUGAGUUUUCUUUAAGAUUAGAGAAAAAACAGAGGGGAUCAAAGGCGAAAACAGAGGCAACUAUCACUUUCUUAUUACAGUGUGGGCGGUAAUUUCGCCGGAAUCCGAAGUUAUCGGUGCCGGAAAUGGGUUGUUUUGUCAGCAUUUCUAACGAGAAUUCUAAGAAAAUUAGCAAUUAGCUGUCCAAACGUCAAAAAAUAGAAGUCCUGUAGACCGAUUUCAUUUCUUUUCUCUCCACUUUCUCUCUAAAAGAGAGAGAAAAAAAAAUCUUCCUACAAUUUCUCCCUUCCUCUCUCUCUCUCUCUCUUUCUCUCUCUCUCUCUCUCUCUCGGCUUUUCCUCUGUUCUUUGGGCUUCCUCUGUUUUCGAGGUUGGGAGAGAGACCCAAGAAAACCCCUCUCUCUCUCUCUUUUUCGCCGUGAAAUCAUGAUUUUGGACAAAGGGUCAAUGCAAUCAAACCUCGAGUGCUUCCUUGAAUGCAUAACACCUGUGGUACAAUCCCAAUUCCUACACAAGACUGAAAUCAGGGACCUCAAUGUUCUAUGGCAUCCAUGGGAGAGAGAAAAAGUUGAGUAUUUCACCUUGGGCGAUCUCUGGAAUUGCUUCGAUGAAUGGAGUGCCUAUGGUGCUGGAGUUCCUAUCUUGUUGAACAACAAUGAAACCCUUGUUCAGUACUAUGUGCCCUACCUCUCUGCAAUUCAGAUUUUCACUAGCAACUCAGCCAGAAACAGUUUCAGGGAAGAAACCGAGUCAGGUGACUGUGAGACCAGGGAUUCCUUUAGUGAUUCCUGCAGUGAUGAGAGUGAGAGUGAGAAGCAGUGGAGAUGGGACGGUUGUUCCUCUGAGGAAGGAUGCUUAGAGCAGGAGAGCCUGUGGCAUAGAAGCGAUAGACUGGGCUGCCUUUAUUUUCAGUACUUCGAGAGAUCAACUCCUUAUGGAAGAGUUCCUCUUAUGGACAAGAUCAGUGGAUUAGCUCAAAGAUACCCGGGCUUAAUGUCAUUGAGGAGCGUUGAUCUUUCACCAGCUAGCUGGAUGGCAGUUGCCUGGUACCCGAUUUAUCACAUUCCAAUGGGGAGAACCAUAAAGGACUUGUCCACAUGUUUCCUCACAUACCACACCCUUUCAUCGUCUUUUCAAGAUAUGGACCUGGAUGAUGAUAUCGACAGUGCUGAAAAGAAGAAGAGGAAAGAAGGGGAAGGCAUCUCACUCCCUCCAUUUGGUUUAGCCACUUACAAGAUGCAAGGAAAUGUGUGGGUGUCGAGCAAGAGUGGUCGGGACCAAGAAAGGGUGAUGUCGCUGUUAAGUGUGGCAGAUUCGUGGCUAAAACAGCUAAGGGUCCAGCACCAUGACUUCAACUACUUCACUGGGAUUCGUCGUGGGUGAAACCGGAAAGGAAAAAAAAAGAUGGCAUAGAAUUGAAGUUUCAUCCAAUCCAAUCUCACUCCCAGACUCAAAAAUCUGUGUUUCUUUUGAGUCUUUAACUGGUUUUUCGUGUUGUUGCUUGGAGGACUUGGGCCUUGAGUGUGAGGAUUGUAGUUGACUCUUGUCUUUGAUGGGAUUUCUAGGAACCCCUUAACCUCUAUAUCAUGAGUUGAGCAGAGCUUUUAACCAUGGACUUUUAACCUUUUUGGCCUUUUAGAGAUGGGUUUGGGGUGGAGAGAGGAGAGUUGGAACUUGGAAGCCCUUCGGGCUCUUUUUAACUAUUAACUUUUAUGGAUGCUGUGAUGCAUUCCCACCACUUCCCCCAACAAGGGUAUAUACAGUGUCUUUUGGCUGUAAUGGUUGUUUGUAGAUGAGGGAGAGUUUUCAGCUGGUUGCAUUGCAUGAAUAUAUAUAUAUGGUCAAGGAUAAACCAUGCCCAUUGCUUCAAA